UGAUGCCAGAGAGCAAAAGAGAGGAACCGGGGUUUGCAAACCUUGUGGCUUUGUCUGUUUCCUGUUUCAGCAAGGCUGCUGUGCAAAAAGAAAGACAGUACCACGAAGGGACGUGUUAAUGGGGCCCAGACCUAUGGAUUGAAAGCGUGUGCUUUACCCAUCUGCUGUCUUGCUCCAUCUGAGACCAGAGCCAAGAUCUGCCCAGGAGCUGGAAUGCUUUCCUGAGUGGCUUGAGUUGGAGCCUGGGACUCGGAGCACGGAUCCCUGAACACAAGACUGCCUUCCUAGCAGCUUAAGCGUAGGCCCCUCUCCCCUCAGUUUCCACUGAGAGCUCUGGGCCAGGAAGGCCAACCCAUGCAGGAAGUCAUUCAUUGCCUCUGUUGCACACACGGCCAGGAAGUAAAAGCGAGACUCAGAAAGGCAUGUCAAGCCACAGUCAGAUCCAGGCAUCUAUUCCAGGAACGGGAAGCCAAGCGCAACAGGUGCUUGGAGGUCAUCAUGAUCAGCCCAGACCCCAGGCCCUCCCCUGGCUUGGCCCGGUGGGCUGAGAGCUAUGAGGCCAAGUGUGAGCGCAGGCAAGAGACCCGUGAAAGCCGCCGCUGCCGUCCCAAUGUGACCACUUGCCGCCAGGUGGGGAAGACACUGAGGAUCCAGCAGAAAGAGCAGCUCCAGAGAGCUCGACUGCAGCAGUUCUUCAGGAGGAGGAACCUGGAGCUAGAGGAGAAGGGCAAGGCGCACCGUCCCCAGGCCAGGGAGCAAAGGCCCUCCAGGCGGCCAGGCCAGGUGACUGUCCUCAAGGAACCUUUGUCUUGUGCCAGCAGGAUCUCUUCUCCCAGAGAGCAGGUGGCAGGCACCAGCUCUGAGGUCUUUCCAGCCCAGCAUCCUCCUCCCUCAGGCAUCUGCAGGGAUCUGACUGACCACCUCUCCUCACAGGCUGGGUGCCUUCCUCCACAGGACCCUCCCAUCAAGAAGCCACCCAAACACCACCGUGGUACUCAGACAAAGGCAGAAGGACCAACAAUUAAGAACGAUGCCAGUCAGCAAACCAAUUACGGAGUUGCAGUUCUGGAUAAGGAAAUCAUGCAGCUUUCCGAUUACCUCAAAGAGGCCCUACAAAGGGAGCUGGUCCUAAAACAGAAAAUGGUGAUUCUCCAAGACCUACUGUCCACUCUGAUUCAGGCCUCUGACAGCUCUUGGAAGGGACAGCUUAAUGAAGACAAACUGAAGGGGAAACUGAGAUCCUUAGAAAACCAGCUGUACACCUGUACCCAGAAAUACUCCCCUUGGGGAAUGAAAAAAGUACUACUGGAGAUGGAAGACCAGAAAAACAGUUAUGAGCAGAAGGCCAAGGAGUCACUGCAGAAAGUGCUGGAGGAGAAAAUGAAUGCAGAGCAGCAACUACAGAGCACACAGCGAUCCCUGGCCCUGGCAGAGCAGAAGUGUGAAGAGUGGAGGAGCCAGUACGAGGCUCUGAAGGAGGACUGGAGCACCCUUGGGUCCCAGCACAGGGAGCUGGAGAGCCAACUCAACGUGCUUCAGUCCAAACUGCAGGGAGCAGAUAGCAGGGACUUACAGAUGAACCAGGCCCUGCGAUUUUUGGAGAACGAGCACCAGGAACUGCAGGCCAAGAUUGAAUGCCUGCAAGGGGACAGAGACCUGUGCAGCUUGGAUACCCAGGACCUACAAGAUCAACUAAAAAGGUCAGAGGCGGAGAAACUCACCCUGGUGACCAGAGUACAGCAGUUGCAGAGUCUGCUUCAGAAUCAAUCCUUACAGCUUCAAGAACAGGAGAAACUCUUAACAAAGAAAGAUCAGGCUUUGCCCGUGUGGAGUCCAAAGUCCUUCCCUAACGAAGUGGAGCCUGAGGGUACAGGGAAGGAGAAAGACUGGGAUCUCAGAGACCAGCUGCAAAAGAAGACUUUGCAGCUCCAGGCCAAGGAAAAGGAGUGCAGAGAACUGCAUUCAGAAUUAGACAACCUCAGUGACGAGUAUCUCUCCUGCCUGCGUAAGCUGCAGCACUGUCGAGAAGAGCUGAACCAGAGCCAGCAGCUGCCUCCCAGAAGGCAAUGUGGGCGAUGGCUCCCAAUGCUGAUGGUGGUGAUUGCUGCAGCACUGGCAGUGUUCCUGGCCAAUAAAGACAACCUGAUGAUCUGAAUAAUUUGUGACAACUGUCUUGGGUGAAAAUCAGAAGCAAGCAACUCAACAAAAAACUCAGAAGGUUUGGGUACAUUACAGCUUGGGCUUUUCAACUGACUUAGGAUUUCUGACUUUUUGUUAUUUUCUUAACCUAGUGUAAAUAAACUUCACCUGACCAGACUGUU